GAACGGAGCGGAAAGUGACGAGCGCAACAGCCAGCCCCACCUUAUGACGUAAUGCAUGCUCUUCCCCGCCCCCUUGCCCCGACCACGCGCCCGCAUAUUGACGGGGUGGAGGGGGCGGUUCUGGGCGGAAAGCGCCGAACGUUGCCGGAAGGUGCCGAGGCCUGGGGCCGUGGGCGGGGUGACGGCAGUUGCCGUUGGCUGGUCCUGAUGGCUGACUGACAGAUCCGGCGGCAGAAGCAAGCAGAGGGUGGGCAAGUUUGCAAGGACGGCAGCUACCGCACCGGGGGGCUGGGGGGGGGGAAAAAAAGGAAGAAAAGAUUGCAGACCGUCGAUAUGAUGCGCUUCAUGCUGUUGUUCAGCCGACAGGGCAAGCUGAGGCUGCAGAAAUGGUACACCGCAGUCUCAGAAAAGGAGAAGAAGAAACUGGGCCGGGAGUUGAUGCAGAUUGUCCUCGGGCGCAAGCCCAAGAUGUGCAGCUUCCUGGAAUGGAAGGACCUGAAGAUCGUUUACAAGAGGUAUGCCAGCCUUUACUUCUGCUGUGCGAUUGAGGACCAGGACAACGAACUGCUGACACUAGAGCUGAUCCAUCGUUAUGUCGAGUUACUGGACAAAUACUUCGGGAGCGUCUGUGAGUUGGAUAUCAUCUUCAACUUCGAGAAGGCCUAUUUCAUCCUGGACGAGUUUCUUAUGGGAGGUGAAAUUCAGGACACGUCGAAAAAGAACGUGCUGAAGGCCAUCGAACAGGCAGACCUCAUGCAGGAGGACGAUGAGUCUCCACGCAGUGUCCUUGAGGAAAUGGGGCUGGCUUAGCUCUACACGCCUGACAUAUGGCUACAUGGAAAUUGGGGGGUGG